UCGUUAAUGAUCACCGGCGCACAUACAGACUACAGUUGGACACACCGGCUCCGACGGCAGCAAAGGUUUAGACAGAGUCCACCUGGAGUUAUCUUGGUCUUUCCCCCCCUUAAGCAGCCUGCGCGAGGCUGCAGCAGCACACAGUACAUUCAGUCUUUGGUUUAAUUAGACAAUCUUCUGUGACUGGCGGCUGUCUGUAGCUCAGAUGCUGGGAGACAAGGCUCACGGCGUGACUUUGAAGGUGAUGGAAUACACAUACGAUGAUGACCUGGAAGAGCUGUGUCCUGUGUGCGGAGACAAAGUGUCCGGAUACCACUACGGUCUGCUCACCUGCGAAAGCUGCAAGGGCUUCUUCAAGCGGACCGUGCAGAACAGCAAGAGGUACACAUGUGCGGAAAACCAGGAGUGUAAGAUAGACAAGACCCAGCGGAAGAGGUGUCCGUUCUGCCGCUUCCAAAAAUGCCUCAACGUAGGGAUGCGCCUUGAAGCUGUACGUGCAGAUCGCAUGCGUGGGGGGAGGAACAAGUUUGGCCCCAUGUACAAGAGAGACAGGGCCUUGAAGCAGCAGAAAAAGGCUUUGAUACGAUCCAACGGGUUCAAGCUGGAGACCUCGGCCCCCCCACCAGCCUCCCCUCUGCAGACUGACUACAGCUUUACUGGCCCCCUACAUGCUCUGCCCACCAUCUCUAAAAGUCUUCUGCCGUCCACCCCGAGCUCCAUCACCUCUACAGACUACGAGGCCAACCUCUAUGGACCUACGUCACUGGGCAUGGCCAUGCAGUCCCAUGUGCCCCUGACUCCCCAGUACCAGUACACAGCAUUCCCCAACAGGGCAAUUAAAGCUGAGUGCCCAGACUACACCAGCUCCCCCGAGUCCAUCACAGGAUACCCCUACCCAGAGGUCUACCCCUCAACCUCUCCUCAGCCGCCCAGCCUGCCACCGCUGGUGCUGGAGCUGCUCCGCUGCGACCCAGACGAGUUGGUGGUGCAGAACAAGAUUGUGGCUCACCUGCAGCAGGAGCAGAGCGGCAGGAGCCGGAUUGACAAGCCCAGCACCUUCAGCCUGAUGUGCCGCAUGGCGGAUCAGACCCUCUUCUCCAUCGUGGAAUGGGCUCGGAGCUGCAUCUUCUUCAAGGAGUUGAGGGUGGGAGAUCAAAUGAAGCUGCUUCACAACUGCUGGUCGGAACUCCUGGUCCUGGAUCACAUUUUCAGACAAGUUCAACAUGGAAAGGAAGACAGUAUCCUGCUGGUGACUGGCCAGGAGAUUGAAAUGUCCUCAAUUUUGUCACAAGGAGAGACAACACUGUCCAGUCUGGUCCAGAGAGGUCAGGAGCUUGCAGCGAGGCUGCGGGUGCUGCAGGUGGACCGCAGGGAGAUGGCCUGUCUCAAGUUCCUCCUUCUGUUCAACCCCAACGUAAAGCUGCUGGAGAACCAGGCCUUCGUUGAGGGCGUGCAGGAGCAGGUGAACGGGGCUCUGCUGGAGUACAUCCUGUCCACCUACCCUCAGUUUCAGGAGAAGUUCAGCCAGCUGGUGGUCCAGCUGCCUGACCUGCGCUCCCUCAGCACACAGGCUGAGGACUACCUGUGCUUCAUGCACCUGAGCGGAGAGGUGACCUGCAACAACCUGCUCAUCGAGAUGCUGCACGCUAAGAGAGCGUGUGUGUGAACAAUACACACACACACCAACAUUCUACCACCAAGUGUUACAUUUCUGCGUGAGGGUGUGUGUGUGCGUGUGCCUGUGUGUGAGAAUGUGUAUGGGAAUGAAAAAUAAAAGGUGAAAAGGUUUCACACUGGGUCAUCUUUGUUAGGACUUUUCCUAAGGUUGAAAGA